AUGUUUGUCUCUAUCCACCCAGGAUUAUACUGGUACAUGCUGAAGGUAAAACAGGCUGCUGUGACCCCCACCACCUGCCUCGCCACUGAGAGUGGCAAACCCCAUAAAGCAUCAGGAUCAGAGAUGGCUCCAGAAAUUCACCGACAAAGGGUUCAACUUGUCCGUGAAACAGUAGAUGAAGUGUUGAACACACACCCGUCAAACUUGGAGUGCUAUGGGUGCCAUGAACACAUCAGAGAUCGAUAUUUGUUGAAAGCUCUCGAUAAAUACUGGCACGAGGAUUGUUUGUCCUGUGACCUGUGUCACUGCAGACUUGGAGAGGUCGACUGUUAUGUGUAUUUCAAGUUAGGAAGGAAAUUUUGUAAGAGAGACUACUUAAGGUUAUUUGCGCCAAAUGGCUUCUGUUCUGCUUGUAAUAUCACCAUACCUGCCUACGAGCUAGUGAUGACGGUAACAGAGGGACGUCACUAUCAUCUUGAGUGCUUCAAAUGUUCCCAGUGUGACAAACCAUUUUGUGUAGGGGACAAGUUCUUUAUCCUCGGCUCCAAUAUCAUAUGUGAAGAUCACACUGUGUGACGAUCCGUUGACUCUUGCAGUACUGUGACCAUGAAUAAAUGGACUAUCCAACCGAUUGGAUUCGUAUUCUAUAAAACUGAUGAGACCGCAACGCGCGAUCACGAACAUUGUCAUUGGAGUAUAAUGACAGUGACAUUAAACUGAGAAUGACAAUUACGUUGGUUCUUUGCCAAAGUGUCACUAAAAUAUAAAUGCAUCUCUGAGACGAUUGGCUUAGUGAGUGUAUUUAUUAAUGAUGACGAAAGAUCGCCAGAGAAGUAUCUCAACUUAAUAAAUGGCCAUGUCGAUUUUAUAUUCAGUACAUGACAGAUAAAGACUUUUGAAGUAUAAAAAGUAUGUAAAUCAACAGAAAAUUAUCAUUUUAAAUGACCAAUCUAAUGUUUUAAAUGAAGGUUUAUCACACACAGUAGACCUAGUAGCCUUAUUGUUAUUAUUAUUUUCUAUUAGGUCUUAUAAUACUAUUUUACUGUAUUACUACGUUUUCUUCCCGAGCUUUAUUGUUAGUUAUUUUAAUUGGCCUUUCAUAUUCUAAACUGAAAUUGAACAACAUACAAAAAACAAAAACUGGGUCAGGUAUGAAUCAACAAGUCAUCUAGAUUUUCGAACUUUAAAUUAAUUAAAGGGGGAUACAUAAUUUCCUUGAUUUAAAGGAAUAACCUCAAGUUCUGAGAAAUUGGAGCACAAAAUUGACCUUACAAACAAAAGAUGGGACUUAGGCCUAUGCUCGAAAACAACCCUACCAAGUUUCUUUUCAAACUUCUUUAGGCGCCCCGAUUUCAGCUGACGAUAAAAAAUUGUUCAGCUUUUUCUAUCCUCCAUAAGAGAGUUGAUCUCAGUGGUGUUCUCGAUUCAUGCGUCCCUUUGAAGUUUUCGAUGUGGGCCUAGUUGGUGGCAGGUCUUCCUCUUCCUUUGUUGUUAGUGUUUGGUUCCCAGAAUAUGUCGACUAUUUUAUCUGUUCUCAAUGGCGAAGAACCCCUGAAAUGGGGGAAGGGGCGAAAGAGAACUGGGAGGUGUCUACCAAAAUAAACUUGUGAAAAGCAAUAAGGCCAAAUAAAAUUAAAUGUUAGUUUCACGUCCGGGAUUUGAAAUUAUUUUUUGGUGAGGGUAUUUAAUAUUUGCUUUUUACUAUCCUAUAUACUAAUGGAAAACAUGCUGUUAAAUAGUAAAAAUAGUCUUUUUUUACAUAAAAGGAGUAAAAUAAAUCUUAGUAAUGAAUUUCUGCCAUUUGUUUUUUUUUUUGUUUUGAAAAACAGCAAAUAGUAAUUUUUCUUUUUCAUGAGGCUCCAAAAUUUGAUGAAGGCUGGGACGUACAACUAGCAAUUAAUUUUAUUUGGCCUAAAAGGUGACACACUUGAUAUAUAUGAUUUCAUUUGAAAGCAUAGACGAUAUUGUAAUUAUUGAAUUUAUCCCAUAAUGACGAUUUUUGGAAAAUCACAUUUGGUGAAAAACGUAAAAUAGAUAAUUAAAUGUAUUUUUAUAAUAUUGUAAAAAAUGAAUUAAAAAAAAAAAAGAAACACCUUA